CGACUCGCGCCCUGGUUUCCUGUCCUACCUUCGACCCCGGGAAGCGCAGGCCUUUGGGGAGUCGCCCCUCUCCUCUCGGCAGGACUGCUGGAAAGCACGAGCAGGGAGGCCAUGGCCACCCCGCAGGUGACUGUGGGCACCAUCAUGGUGGAUGGGCAAACCCUGUUCUACCGGCAGGCCAAUCCGGCCCAACAGGCCCCCAAGCUGUCUGUCCUGCUGCUCCACGGCAUUCGCUUUUCAUCCGAGACCUGGCUCAAUCUGCAGACGCUGUCUAAGCUGGCAGAUGCUGGCUAUUGCGCUGUGGCCAUUGAUCUGCCAGGGUUCGGCCAUUCCAAGGAGGCGACAGCUCCGGCCCCUGUUGGGCAGCCUGCCCCGGGGGGUUUCCUGAAGGCUGUCUGUGAGGCCCUGCAGUUGGGCCAGGUGGUUGUGAUCAGCCCAUCUCUCAGCGGGAUGUACUCGCUCCCAUUCCUCUUCCAGCACAGCCAGCUGGUUCAGGCCUAUGUGCCAGUGGCGCCCAUCUGCUCCGAGAAGUUCCCCGCCAUGCAGUACGCCAGCAUAAAGACCCCCACGCUGAUUGUGUAUGGGGAUCAGGACGCUGAGCUGGGGGAGAUGAGCCUGAACAACCUCAAGAACCUGCCCAAUCACAAGGUGCUGCUGCUGAAAGGAGCGGGACAUGCCUGUUACCUGGACAAGCCGGAGGAGUGGCACCUGGGCCUGCUGGACUUCCUGAAGAGCCUGGAGUGACGAGCGGCCUCUCUUCUCCCCCAGCCCUUCAGUGUGCGAUCUGUCAGGCACACGGCUGGCUCUUUGGUGCAUACCUCCUGUGAAGGAUCUGGGGACCACAGCUUCUCUCUCCCACUAGAGCGGGUACUUAAUCGAUGGCUUUUUGCCAAUCUUGGACAAUUGCAGCACACUGGGGGGUUUGCAAAGGGCGGCCACGCAGCCAGAGGCGCCCUCCUGGCAGCCAGGUGCUUGCUCCUUUUCCUUCUUUUUAAAAUGAUUAGAAUUGAAAGGUCUGUAGAAGCUGAUUGGCCACUAGCAUGGGGUGAGAUGGGGGUAUUGAGGGCAGGUUCCCCAGCUGCACGUUCUAGUGCAAGCCCGUCCUGCCAGUCCUAGCUCCACAGCUCUGUCAAUGCCCCUGCUCCUACCCUGCAGCCUCCCUGCGACUCCAGUCCUGUCCCCACCCAGAUCUGCCAGUGCCCCCAAUCCUGCCCUGCCCCCAACCAGCUCUGCCAGUGCCCUCGCUCCUGCCCUGCAGCCUCCCUGCGACUCCAGCCCUGCCCCCACCCAGCUCUGCCAGUGCCCCCGCUCCUGCCCUGCAGCCUCCCUGCGACUCCAGCCCUGCCCCCACCCAGCUCUGCCAGUGCCCCCGCUCCUGCCCUGCAGCCUUCCUGUGACUCCAGCCCUGCCCCCACCCAGCUCUGCCAGUGCCCCUGCUCCUGCCCUGCAGUCUCCCUGCAAUUCCAACCCAACCAACCCAGUUCUGCUGUACACCUCAAUCCUGCCUGUAGCACCCCCAGCUACUUCAGCCCUACCCUAGCCCCACUGAUGUGCCUUAAUCCUGCUGUGAGCCUCACUGGAGCAUACGCUGACACCCACCCCCAGCACUGCUUGGCUUGUGAGGAGAGACCCAGCCCCUGGGAGCCACACGGAGGCCAAACUCGCUGCCAGCCUGGGAUCAUUCAAGGAGCUUCCUCCUGAACCCCAAACUGGGGCGACAGCACCUAAUCCUUCAUGAGCAAAUAAAACUCAGAUCUGGG